AAUUAGGGAAAUAAUUGAAAUGUGCGGCAAAAAGUAGAUGAUUAUUUUUAUGCAAAUUUAAUGUGAAGAAUUUUUUUCCUUCUAAAAUUACAGAUGAGGAGAUACUACUAGAUAAACAAACUUUGUGAUUGCUUGACGGACAAAACUUUCGUUUUGUGAUUGCAAACAUGGCUUUAGCAGUCUUGAGGCAAAAACAAUCUCCAAAGCGAUCUACCAAAACCAACAAAGCAGUUGCUUUGGCAAACGCUGCAAAUAUCACGACAAAUGAAUUAAACAUGAGGGAUGCUAACGGGAGGACAGUUCUAUUUUAUGCAGCUCGUUACGGGAAAAUCCAGGCGGUCAAAAAUUUACUCAAUGCAGGCAGUAAUCCCAACAUUGCCGAUGUUGAUGGAAGCACGCCCCUUCACGAAGCUACCGAACGAUGUCAUUAUGACGUCAUGAAACUACUUAUCAGCAAUGGAGAAACACAGCUGAAUGCCAAAAACAGACACGGACAGACUUCGGUCAUGAAGGCGGUUCUUUACGACGAUCUGGAGUCGGUCAAAUUGCUUCACAAAGCAGGUGCUACAUUGGACGAGCAGGAUUCUACGGGGAAAACGGCACUUUUAAUUGCAUUUGGAGAAGGACGUGAACGAACCACAGAAUACCUCAUCAAAAACGGAUGUGACAUCAACAAGAGAGAUAAACUAGGUCAAUCGGCCCUCUAUCUUGGAAUGUUCUCCUCAAGUGAAGCAUCCUCCGAAAAUAUACGAAAACUUCUCAGAGCGGGGUAUUUACUGGAAAAAGACCGCCAUUGGUUGGACAAAGCCGGUGUUGACGUUGAGUCAUUACGUCAUCGAAACCUUUUCCAAAGGAUUAUUUCCCGUAUACGGAUUGGUGGAACAGGAUCUGGUCGGCGCCACAGUGAAGGAUUUUCAAGUGUCAGAAGUCUUCGGAGCGAUGACGUUGAACCACAUCCACGGUUUGAAAAUAGGAGCAAUUCUUGUAACCUGUAAAAAAAAUAUCAAAGUUACCGUGACAAUUACUCAGUUGUAUGGAUAUUGAAAAUAUGUGUUAGUAAAAGUCAUAAAAAUUGCAACACCAUAUAUAACGCAAUCUGCAAUGCAACAUACAUGUAUGAAGAUACCACCGCAACAAGUUCCAUGUAAAAUAUCGUUUAACGAUCAUUACCGGAAGUUUAAUUGAAAUAAAUAGAAUUAGGCAAGCAGUAAAGACGAUGUGCGGGAGACUGCUCAAGAUAUAGUGCAGUCGAAAUGAGAAAUAGAACAUAUUUGCCAAGUAACACUGUGUCUCGUUGUGAAAUCUAUAUUUUAGUGCUAUUACUAGUAUAUUGUAGGCGUGUAUAGUGAUAUUGUUUUUAUUCAUGAGUUUUAUAUUAGAUUUACAAGUUUUGUGUAUUAAAUGAAAAUUGUUUGAUUGAAUGUUUGCUUUAAACAUCGAUCCUUGUCGAA